GUCCACUAUUUCUUUCUUGUCUCUGAGUGUUCUGUUCCAUCUUUCCCUCUCCAUCACCACCAUCACCACCACCACCACCACCACUCCCCUGCGUACGUCAGGACUAGGCCCAGACCUCCUCUCGCGUCCUCUUCUGCUUGACCCUUUCCCUUUGAACCAACAAACGCACUCACCCACCCGUCCAUAGAGUUAGUUGUCUGUCAAUUGCUGCAUCAACAAGCAAAAGAAGCACGUUUCCCCGCGUCUCCUCUUCACUCCUCCGGCGCGCCAUAUCCACCAGCCUGCGACUGAUCGCCCCUCUCUCGCAUGUUUAACCUGCUGUGGAACAAGCCCAAGCCAGAACGAUUCAGUCUCGAGAACCUAAAAUCACUCUGCGAACAACUUCAACAUUUUCCAGGGGAUGCGAACGAGGAGAGUAUUGUCAGCUGUCUCAAGGAGCUGACUCAGCUCUUGAUCUGGGGUGAUCAGCACGAUCCUCUUCUGUUGGAGCAUUUCUUUGAGCAGAAUGUGCAUUGGCACUUUCUCAAAAUCUUGAAGAGCAAGCACGAUGGAUCACUAAUAGUCCAGGUGCUCCAAACUCUCAAUAUUAUGUUUGAAAACGUCCGAUCGCGGGAAUCAUUGUACUUUCUUCUCUCCAACAACUACGUGAACCAGGUCAUCUGUCUCAAGUACGACUUUUCGAAUGAUGAGAUCCUCGCGUACUAUAUUUAUCUGCUCAGGACAUUGUCCUUCAAGUUAUCCAAGGACACGAUCUACUUCUUCUUUAACGAGCAUCUGGAUGACUUUCCUCUAUACUCCGAAGCCAUCAAGUUCUUUAAUCAUGAGGAAAGCAUGAUCAGGAUUGCAGUCCGCGUUAUCACACUCAAUGUCUACAGUGUGAAUGAUCAUCAAAUGCAGGAUUUCAUUUUAGAUCGGACGACGACGACCUACUUUUCAAACCUGGUUUGGUUUAUUGGCAAUUACGGGACGACCAUCAAUGAUAUGCUUCUAUAUCCCGGGGAUGGCGAAUUCUCGCGGAUCAAUUAUUAUCUGGCGGAACACAUGGAUUGCUUCUACUAUGUGAACGACAUCAUUGAACUGGACGUGUCCAAGGUCAAUAAGAUCUUAAUUUCGCAUCUGCUGAAUCGGCUGUUGAGGCCUAUGUAUCUGGACAGUUUGCUACCGACAGGCGCUCAGGGAUCUUCGUCGAACAAGUCAUCUUCGUCAGCGCCUUCACCAAAAUUGAUGCCACUAGUGGCUCUAUCACUUCUGCUACAUGCGUUCCAUGUGCUCAAACAUGCACCACUAGUCUCAGCCUUGACUUCGACCUUAUUUUCAAACCAGUACCGUUCAUCUCAUGUCCAGCAUCAGCAUAUUUCUCAGUCUCAUUUGCGUCACUCGCCCUCGCCGCUGGUGCUCGGAAGUCUUUCAGUAUCCCCGGAAUCCAGCCGACCCGCCAGUCCCGUCACUUCAAAGUUCCACUCAUUCGGUCUGCUGGGCUCCAGUCCUGCUAGUCUGGAUUCUUAUCUGUCGGCCUCUAGCAUUGUGGCGCCUCAAGCCCACGUCAACAUUCAACACUCACUUUCGCCGCAUUCUCAACCAUCGCCACGUUCAUUCCCAUCGAGUGCGUUACAGCAACAGCAAAAUCCUUACAAAGCCUUGAUCUAUGAAUACUUGAGUCGUGUCGACAGUGACCGUCUUGUCCUACCAGCACUCACACUUGUGUAUCUUACAGGGCACAACCCCGGCGUCAUGUCGGAUGUCCUUCUCGGUACUGAUAUAUACCCGCAGCGAUUACUCAAAAGCAAAAUGCUUAUGGGUAAUCUAAUGUCUUCAGCGCCAGCAACGAAAGGUUCACAAGGGACUACAGCCAUGUCACGGGAACGCUCUUCGGAUUCGAUGCUAAGUGCUAGCGGCGCAGGAGGGGCUAUCCCAUGGAAUGCUUCAACUCCUGGACCGGGGGGGUCAUCGACCAUCAAUGGUAGUCUUUUUGGUGCUGCAGGAUCUGCGACUGCAGCCAGAAUGCGAACCAGGACAGAAUCACCACUAUUCGAAGCGGAGGAAUACAGCGAAGAAACGCAGGAGACGCAAGAGUUGUUAGCGUCUGAAGAUCCGGGACCAGCACUGCCUCCAAACUCGUCGCUAUCCCUAGCAGGCGCAUCCUUACGGACUUUGUCCAGCAGCUUGCCUUCAUCAUCCGCUAUUUCAGGGAGUCGCGCUACGGAUGAUGAUGUCUUUGUGAAGGCAAAGGCAAGGUCCAGAGUACGUAAGGGCAGCAAGGCCUCUUCAUUGCUGGGUCCCAUCUUUCCAGCCACUUCAGAGGAUCCUGCUAAGCGACCAGAGCAUGAUCGUACGAUAGAGCAAGAACUGAGACCUGUUUACACUUCAAAGGAGGAUCGUGAAGCGGUAAAUCCCUAUCCUUCAUCAGAUGAAGAAGAUUCAGAAGUUCCAAAGGAUGCAAGAGAGGCAGAGAUCAGAGAGCUGGACUCCACCGUCCCACCGCCAUUGCCGCCUCGACCACAGAGUGAGCAGCAACAGGAUGAGACGGAAUCCUUGCAAGAUUCUGUCAGUACGCAGAUUGGACCGAUCAUCCAGAAUCGUGAGGAUUUGAUGGAUCGACUGAUGGAUAUAAUAUGCGGAAUGCCAGAGUCCGGGGCGCAUCGCUUUAGAAUCAUCACUAUCCAGAUGGCAGCUGAGCUGCUGAUUGAAUUUGUGCUCGCCAAGAGCGGCACUGGCGUUGGAAAGGAGAGCCAGGGCAACACUGCAGCGCAGCAGGCAGCAGAGAGUCGGUUAGGGGAGGCACGUCUGCAAAGGCUGGCCCUGGCAGAGGCGCAGUUCCGUGAACGAGUCCAGAAGGGUAUUAGGAGUUUGGAGCGCAAAAAGAAAACCAGUUCGGGACAUCAAGACUAUCAUUCCCAGCCGUUGGGCAUGUUAACGGGGCGAAUCGAGCGAGCCUUGACAGAGUCAAAAAUUGGUAUCGACAAACAGAUCGUGAAUAUCAUUGCUGAGUCCAAUGUAAUAUAUGGCCCCGACAAGGACUUGGACAAAGAGCCGGACCUGGAUCCUGACGCAGACCUCAUUGCAUUAUUUGAGCUGGAUCCAGAAUACGUCGGCAUUCGAUUUGACAAACAUGAAGAAGACGACGGUAGCUUUACACUGCAAACCCAGGCAGAUCAAUCAUUGACGAGCGGCAGUUCCGCAGGAUCCGCCCUGAAGGAUGAAAAGAGAUCGAGGUCCAGGAUACGAAGCAGGGUCAGGGGUAUUCCACAGUUUGGUCCAGGACCAGGAGAUUUCAGCAGGCAGCAGCAACCCAUCGAGCACAUAGGGCACCCGCCUCCGAGCCGACUCAGCGGUAUCCAGCGAAUGGAAGCCAUGGUGAUCCGGUACAUCAAAUGGCUGCACCUUCUUAUCCAGUGUCGACAGCUUGUGUGCCGCAAGUCAGUGGCACCAACUAUGGCUCUCUUUGGAACUUCUGUGCAGCCAAUGGUAGUAACCACAUCAGUCUCUGCCAACCCUGGAGCACCUUCUGUCAAUAUGGGAUCGCCAUCUAUCUCUAUCACAGAGUCCUUUACUCCGUCAUCUACACAAAGACCUACAACGUUAGGUCGGCGACCAAGCGACCUCAUGGGCCUUGGGUCGUCCUCGGGGACCGUGGUAUCGACACACAAGGGACUCCAGAAGGCACUCGCAACGACAGCAACUAUAACCACGACGGCUCUUGGAGGGUCGGAUCCUAAGAAUUUAGCACCAACGGAUGCAGAAGAGGAGGCUUUGCUUGCAUCGACUGAGGCUGAUUCAGCGCUGAACUCUGCUUCAGCCUCAGUGUCCUCGUCGACAUCUUCGUUGUCGUCUGCACUGCCGUCUCCGGCAGUGGCGAACGGAGGUGUUUCAGCAAUGCUCUCCCGGCCGAGUUCAGGCGCUGCUUCUGGACGGAUUAUUGGAUCAAGGACGUUGCUGAGCGCCACAGCUGCUCUGGAGGCUGCAGCCAAUUCUGCGAACCAUGGGACAGGGGUGACAACUCAUACUUCCAGUCCUUUGGGGCCACAUCCUUUUAUUAAUGAGAUGCUGACGAAUCAUCUGGACCCCUUGAACGAGGCGAUUCGAAAGACCAGUGCACGGAUUAAGAAGACGGUGGUCGAUCCGCUUUCGACGAACCACCUGUUCAAGUCAUCGCCAACACCUUCUGCAGCAUCUUCGGCUGUUACUGGACAGGAGAAUGCCAACAGAGGGUUCUAUCGGCCUUCGGUUGCGUCUUCGGCAGCAUCAUCGGUGGCGUCGCUAACGCGGCCUGGGUCGAACAGCAUGCAGCGGUCCAUCUCGGCUUCUAGUUCUUCGAGUUCUCAUUCUGUGGCGGCAACGACUAUUGCAGGAGGCGGAUCGUCUAUUGGGCGUAGGAGCGAAGACCAUUCGACUCUAAAUAAUGCAUUGUCAUCCCCCGCGAAUGGAGCCAAGAAGGGUUCGGAAGUCGAGGAGGAGGCGGGUUUCAGGAGCAUCUUGGAUCCAGGACAUCCUGCACAUCAGAUGAACCAUCAAGUUAUCAAGAUUUUAGAAACUUUGGGUUUGACAAAUUAUCUACAAGGGCAAAAUGUAUUCAUUCGCUACCAAUAAAUACCAUUGGCACGUUGCAGAC